GACGUUUGGCUUGUCAUCACACAACACAAAAAACACACACACACCUAUUGGGCUACACAAUAAAUAAAUAAGCAUUGCGGAAAAAUAAAAAAUAUAAAAUAUUCUUUAUCUUUGGGAAGCAUUGUGUUCCCUAUAAAUAUAACAUCAAAAUAGGAAGUAGUUGUUUGUCUUUGGUUCAUCAAUGCCCAUAGCUCGUCGCGUCAUAUAAGUGGAGUAAAAGGAGUAGUUAAAUUCAGACAGUGUAGUGAGCAUAAAGGAACGAAGAAAUAAAUGGACAUAAAUUCAGGAAGAAUAUAUUUAUUAUUAUGUAAACUCUAAAUGAACAAGUGGUAUUAUCCUACUUUUUGGAGAGACUCGCUGGCUGGUUUAGUAAUCUGUCCGGAUAUCUUGGUAUCACCAGCUCUGCCGCCUGGGGAAGCAUAGCAAAAACGAGCGUAGCUACACACUUUUUAAGGUUUAUUCAAUGUCCAUGAACAUGCGGAAGUUAUAAAUGAAUUCCCUGUUAUAAGACGAAUAUUAUCUUGCCUAUGUAACGGUCUAGGCCGUGAUCGACUCACUUGUGACGUUUUCUCCUUUCAAGCAAUACAGUUCACAAGUCUUCAUUCCAUUUUAUUGCAUUAGAAAGUGAAACAACAAAAUAGAUCCGAAGCAGCAAUGAGAACAAAGCACUUCAUUGUGGUUCUUUGCUGUAUUAUUACAUCGACUUUAUUAUUUAUCAUUUUGGGUACAAGCGAAUCGAGCGACUUAAAAAAUAUUGUUUCACACACUCAUCAACAAAUCAAUAAGAUUCAGGAAAAUUUACGCGUUUCUGAGGAGAAGAAGCUAGAAAUUGAUGCGAAAUAUCUCACCCUAUUGGGAUUUACGACCUUAUCGUCAGCUGCUCAUAAUGCGACCAAAAAUACACUGACUUCAAACUAUUACAAAUAUGAUGCUCAGAACACAAAGGAUCAACGCUCAUACAAAUAUCCUGGCUAUAUGCUUGAUGUGGAACUUUUGCCGAACUCGAGAGAGGUGCCCGAAAAUUAUCAGCACUCACAAUUGCAUAAUGCUGCCGUUCACCUAUUUAAUGGCACUAAAGUAAAUUUCACAAUUGUUACUUACGUUCAGGAAGGGCAAGCGCCAUCUGCCAUUCUUUUGUCGCAGAAUAUAGCUUUAAAAUUCCCAAAUGAAUAUUUAAUCAUAUAUGACUUGGGAUUAUCCGAAGAGGAAUUACGUGCCCUGACUGCAUAUUGCAAUAAUUCGCACUGUACCGUAAUAUCGUAUGAUUUAUCAGUGUUCCCAUCUCAUGUGUCCGACCAACGUAUGCAUGCAUAUCGUCCGAUUAUAAUUAAGGACGCAUUGAUGCGAUCUAAGUCCAUUUUAUUUGCCGAAAACUACAUACGAAUUCGGGGAACGAGUCAUGACUUGAUUGACUUAAAGAGACAUUUACACUUGGUUGGAGUGCUUGGCUGGAAUACACCAACUGCCGUUUCCACACGAACGCACCCAAAAAUGUUUGAUUACUUUCAAACCGAUGCAGAUGAUUUCAUUUUCCUAAGGAUGGUGGAUUUGGAUACGGUUCUGUUUGAGGACACAUCUUUUGUUACCGAAAAGAUACUUCUGCCAUGGAUAAAAUGUGCGCUUACACUGGAAUGUUUGGAUCCCAUAGGUGCACAAUCGAAUGGCUGCAAGUAUAACAAAAAGCCACAGUAUCGUUACUCUGGGUGUCACAGCUAUGAUACUUCCGCGUUCAAUAUUGUUCUGGGUUUAACAUGGCAUCUAGAUGACUCGAAAUAUUCACUGCCGAGUGAAAACUAUAAUAUAUUUUAUAGAGAAACAUUGGAACAAGCCACUAAAAUACUCGAAAACCGAAGACGAAACAGUAGCGAAACAUCGGAACAUCCAUUUACCGAUGAAUAAAAGACAUUUUUUCAAAUGUCGCUGGAGUAUUAUUUUGAUUAUCCACAUUAAAGAUCAAUGUUCUCAGCGAAUGGAUAUUAACAUGUUUACAACCUAAUUUGGUGUUAAUCUUACAUCACCAAAAAAAAAAAAAAAAAAAAAAAAAAAACUCCAAAAGAGUGUAUAGGAAUUUGCGACACGAUUUUAUGUCUUCGGUUGUUUAUUUUGUAUGACUUUCAACGAAAACAAUAUGAUACGGAGCUAAGACAAAAGUAAUACCGCGAAAAAAACAAUUCGAAACGUGUCGCAAAUGCCUAACCUAAGAAAGCAGUACAUUUUUUAUUUUUAUUGAUUUUUGUGUGGAGACCAUAGAUUUUUGAUGCACAUUAAACCAAUACAAAUAACUGUGACUUCUCCAAACCCUUGAACGUUGUUCCAAAUGGGGACGAGGAAGACAUACAUAUUUUAAACGAAUCGUCCAAUCCACAUAAUUAUAUACGUAUUAUUAAAGCAAGAUUUUCAGCUUGUGAUGCACGCCUAUAUUCAGAUAUGCUCACAAGGGCCCUACAUACCGCAAUGGACAUAAUAAAUACAGCUGCAUAACUUCUUUCAGAGGAUGGGUUGUUCCAAUAGACUUCAGGACCAAAUUUAAUGUUCCAAAUUUAUUGUGAAAGCGGAACACGAAUCGUAAAUAUAUUUGUUAAACAAAACGAUCAUACGGAUAUUUUAAAAUUGCAAUAAUUUUCUUAGAGAAAAUUAAAAAGAAAACACUUAACCAUUAUUGCAAACUAAAUAGAAUGCCGUGUAUUUUUAAGAAUAUUAUAUUUGUUCAUAUUAUUCUAUUUUAUAUUGUAUUAUUAUUUAUAAAUAGCAAGUAUUAACAUUUCGAUCCAAUGGCACCACUUUAUAAUAUAUUUGAUAAAUUCUCAGUUUAUUUGUGUAGAUCCCAAAAUAAGGUGGUCAACUUAAAUGUGAUUUUCAGUUUAGUCAGACUAUGGAUAAGAAUAUAAAUGAUGUAUGUAACUUUGUAAUGAAAUAAUAUUAUUCAGCAAAUACCAAGUAGUAAAAUACUAAUUGUAAGAUUAAUGAAAUAAAAACAAAUAUUAUUUAUAGCUUAAUACCAACAUGCGAACGAAGA